GUUCACGCCGAGGGCGCCAAGCAACGCCGCGCUGGUGGGUCUAGGAAGGUUGCAGCAAGCUUGAAGAUUCUUUAUUUGAGGACGAUGGAAGUGAGAGGGGUCUCAGGUGUUGCUUCCCAUGGAUUUGGAGUUCCGCCAUGCAGCAUUAAAGAUGAGAUUAUGGAGAAAUAGGCAGGAGCAGCAUGUUGUCAAAUUCUGGGUGGAAUCGACUUAAAUUUCUAAGAACUAAUGUUAUGUGUCAUGGACAAUGGAAACUAGCCUACCAUUUCCAUGACACAGAGAUUGAUGAAGAACUGGCACCGCAGGAAUGGUAUAGACUUGCCUAUGCAAAACUUGUCAAGCUAAGCUACUUACUGAAGAAUGUUGAGCACAUUGAUGGAAAGCUAAUCAGUGUUGAUGACAACUCCAUUAUCAAUGAUGUCUAUAUCAUUAACCAAAUGAAAAGUUUUAAUUCACUUGCAAGAACACUUAUAAGUGCGCCCUCUGUGCAAUGUGCUCUGAAGAAAUCUUUAACAAGUGCACAGCCUCAAGUUUUUAGUUGCUUCAGCAGCCUGAACGGAAGACAACCCAUGACACUGGAUUCUCUCACUAAAAUUUGCAAUUUCCUCGGCAUUUCAGCUCAGCAGAGGAAGAGCAUUCGCCUAACAGUCUGCCCACAGGUCACACAACAUCACAUUUGGAGAGGAGCACUAGAAGAGAUCCUUAACGACUUGAAGCGCGAGUUAGACAACAUUGGUUUCAAUUCUCCAGCAUUUCAGAUGGCAAGACAAGUUAUGAUGAGCUGCUUAAAAUUCUUGAAGGACACCGCCAGCCUUCAUGAAUCUGAGGCUCCGGCAUGGAUGCGAUUGGCACCUUUGAAAAAGGUUGAGAAGUUAGAAACUUUACUUAAAUGGGAAGAAGUUCUUGAAAUGUUUGUGCACCUAUCUCAAUGUAUGAGCCAGGAGGAGAGAUUGCUGUGUAGCAUUGCAAAGAUUGAUGUGAUGAAAGAAGGGCUGUAUCAUAUCAAGGAUAUAGUGAUUGAGAGAGACAUCAGUUUCAAGGAGGCAAGAAGACAGGAUUCACUUGUUCAAAAGAAGCUUACUAAGAGUUUGGGCCAUUCUUCUAAGUGUCUAUUUACAUUAUUGCUUUAUUAUUUGUAUGGGACAGUUAGAGAUAUAGAGGUGGAAGUUUGUGGAGGGGUUUGUGGUGGUGGAGGAAAGUUGUAUUUGCAAAUCGGAAAGUUCUUAACUUCUGAUGAUGAGAAGAUGGUGAGAAAUGGGGUCAAGCAACUUUACAGAGCUCUUGGGGUGUUCAAAUUUGUGUGGGAGACAGCAUCUAUGGAUGGAACAGUGAACUUGCAGGGCCAUAUAUGGAGUGUGGGAGCUAAUGAAAGGACUCUCACCUAUAGGGGGAAUAAGUUUUUUGUCCAUAAUAUUAUAUUAUGAUGCAAAGAAAAGAAACGAGUUAUAGGCUUAUGAUUAAAUUUUACUGAGUAGAUAUUCAGUAAAGUUAUGAUUCCUUUACCUUCUUUCUGAGUUAAGGUAGGUGAUUAUUAUGACCUUAUUUGGUUAAAACAUAGAACAAAUGCAAUGAUGCUUGUUUUAUC